AAAGAAAACAAUGGUAAAACGGCCCUCAGAAGACGGUGCUCUGAUUUCAAAACGAGCUAAAGCUGAUGAAGAAAAUCAUCAACAAUUGAUCGUUAGUAGUGAUGGAUCUGGUAAAGGUCAAUUAAUUCAAUCGGUUAAAAGGACUAGUGGUCUUGCUGCUCCGAUCAUGGUCUUGAGUGGUCAUACUGCAGAAGUUUUAGAUGUUAAAUUCGAUUCAAGUGGUGAUCAUUUAGCUUCAGCUUCAGCUGAUCGUACUAUAAAUCUUUGGUCAGUUUAUGGAGAAGAGUGUAGAAAUUAUGGUUUAUUAAAAGGUCCAAAAGGAGCGAUCAUGUCAAUUGAUUUUUCACCUAUCAGACCACUUGAAAGACUUUAUGCUGCUUCAGUUGAUAGAACCGUUACUACAUUUGAUCUUCAUACUGGUAUACCUUCUCGAAGACAUCGUGGUCAUACUGGAAUUGUCAAUUCGAUUAGUAUCUCUUCUACUAGUAGUCGUGAUUUGAUUGCUUCUGGUUCGGAUGAUGGAACAGUUAAGAUUUGGUGUGAAGACGAAAAAGAUGCAGUUGAUGAAGUUGAACUUAAUUAUCCAAUCACAGCUGUUCAAUGGUCUGCUGAUGGUCAACAACUCUUUAUUGGUGGAAUUGAUAAUGAUGUACAUUGUUUUGAUUUACGGAAGAAAGAAGUCUCUUGGAGUUUACGUGCUCAUACUGAUACCAUCUCAGGUCUCAGGUUGAGUCCUGAUGGUAGCUUUUUACUUAGCUCAGCCUUUGAUGAUACAUUACGUAUUUGGGACGUAAGGCCAUUUGCUCCUGUCAACAACUUGAAUGGACCGCAUUAUCCACCUCGACUCGUCAAAACCCUUCUGGGUGCGCCUUCUGGACAUGACAAUCAAUUACGAACACCUUCAUGGGAUCCAAGUGGAGAUAGAGUAGCAGUAGGAGCAGCUGAUCGAUCACUUACCAUAUGGCAUGUGAACACUGGUAACAUUCUAUAUAAGUUACCGGGCCAUAAAGGAACCGUUACCUCUUGUGAUUUUCAUCCAAAAGAACCUAUCAUUGCAAGUGGAGGAGUAGAUAGACAAGUGUUUCUUGGUGAACUUGAUCCAAUGGCUAGAUAAGAUUGGUUGCUUUGAAUCAAUUAUAAAAAGUUUCAAGUAUGCAAUGUAUUCAUAGGAAAUUUUGUCGAUCUU